GUCUCCGCAGGCGCCCCAACGGCUAUCCACCGGUGCCCUGGUGGAGCAGCUUGGGCUCGCCGAGGGGCGGCUGCACUACGGGCUGCUCACCGGCACCGGGCCCGACGAGGGCUGGGUCAGUACGCGGCUCGGCGCGAGGGACCUGGUGGUGCCGGCGGGCUCCGCCGCACCCGCAGGGGAGGGCGGCGGCACCGGCGUCCUCGAGGUGGCGAGCCCGUGCGUGUCCUUGGCGGCCGUCGAGCAGCACAGGGCCGCCACCCUCUGGCGCGACCUCGAAGGUCUUGCCGUGGGCCCGUGGCAGGGCCACUCCCAGACGGCCCAGGGCGGCGUGUCGUGCGCGCUGUUCGACUGCUUCGGCACGCCCCCCCUCGAGCGCCGGAGGCUCUACACGGGCGGCUGGGAGGAGUCCACGGUGCGGUGCUGGGACCUCUCGCCCGAGGAGGCCGACGGGCCCGCGCGGGCCCGCCCCGCCGGCGAGAUGCAGGUGGGCGGCUUCGUCAACGACAUCGCCAUGAUCUCCCCAGUCGGCAUGCUGACCGCGCAGUCGGCCGGGUGGACGCCGCAGCCUGGCGAGUCGUUGCGAGCUUGGGAUCUGACGAAGACCCCGUUCAAGAGGGCUUGCCUGGCCGCCGCCUCCAGCGCCCAGGACGCGCUCGCCGACGCGGCGGCUGUGGGGGCCCGUCCUCUUCGCCCUGCCCCUCCGGCCCCGGCGCCGAUCGACGACAUGUCCCAGAUGGUCCGCCUCCACACCCGCGGGGUGCGCGCGGUGAGCCUCUGGCCCCGGGCGGAGCACACGGAGUGCCUGCCGCGGCUCGUGGGCAGCGUCUCCAAGGACGUGCUCGCGGUGUCCAGGCUCGGGCCCGACGGCCGCAGCGUGGAGGCGCCCGCCGCGUGGGCGAGGGGCGGCCCCCACGACGGCGCCGACGUGAGCGCCCUCCGGCACGAGUCGCAGGAGAGGAUGUGGAGCGGCGACACAAAAGGCGUGAUCAAGCAGUGGGACACCUCCGGGCACGGCCCAGGCGACGUGGUUCGCAUCGACGGCAAUUUCGGAUGGCUGACGGGGAUGGAGGUGUGGCAAGCCGCUGGGGCGAUAGCCUGUUCCCACUCGAGCGGCAUCGCCUUCGUGGACGCGAGGGCGGGCAAGGUCGUCCACUCACAGCAUACCAAGGACUCCUGCGGCGCGCUCGCCGUGCUGACGGGCGGCCAUCCGAUGCUGUUCGCGGGAGUCGGCUGCCACCUCAUGCAGUACGACACCCGCUGCUUCCCGGAUGGCGCCGGCAGCAAGCCCCGCGCAGUGGGCCAAUGGACCUUGCCGGCGAAGGUGACCGCCUUGUGUUGUACGGCGACGUUUGAGGGCAACUUGCUCCUGGGAGUCGGCUGCCCGGGCCCUAGCGCGUCAAAGGGCGCGCGUGGCCGCGGUAGGUACCAGGCUCCGAUCACGCAGAUGUUUGCUACUGGUUUCCUGCCCUUCAGCGCGAUCUACAUAGAGCUCCACUACAUCUUCAACUCCGUGCCAGGGGACAGCCGCGCAGCUUCUGCCGCCGCCACGCUGGACGUCAUGGUCGCUGACGGUUCCCUCUUCGCUGACCUGGAGGCGGCGCCCACCUUUCCCAGCCAGGAGGAUGAGAAGGAGCAGGAUCGCGUUCGUGAUGCCACUGCGAAGCUGGAGCACACUCUCGCCCUCGCGGAGUCCGAGUGGCUCGCAGACGCGAGCAUCUCCGCGGAGCAGGUCCAGCUCAUCGGCGACAUCCCGUCCAGGCGUUGGAUGAGGUCGACAGACCGCGCGCCCUUGCUUUGGCGCAGCAUCUUCGAGGACCCAGUGGCUGGACCCCGCAUCUAUUCGCUGUACGGCAUCCUGCUGCUGGCCUUCGGUAUGCUCCUGCUGGUGGCGAUGACGGUGACGGUGCUGUUCACCUACUUCCACCUCAACGCAGAGGACCACCACUGGUGGUGGCGCUCCUUCGGGUCGGGGGGCGCGGUCGCGGUGUUCUUCUACGCGUAUUGCGUCUACUUCUGGCUUCAGACUGGGAUGAAUAGCUUCCUUCAGUGCGCCUUCUUCUUCCUGUACUCGGCCCUCAUCGGGUACGGCCUGGCACUGAUCUUGGGGUCGGCCGCGUGGUACUCGUCGUGCCUCUUCGUUGUGUACAUCUACUCCAGGAUCAAAGCUGAGUGA